UUUUCUCCGCCGAACGCGCCCAUUGACACAAUCAGUUCGUCAGGACACCAUGGUUCAUUCAACGAAAUUGUUUCCUUUUGUUUAAUCGUUAAUUUCCUUUCUCGGUGCAAAAUGCUGUCAAUGUCUCGCGUCACUUGAUGUACAGAUUGCAUGGCCGAUCGUUUCGCGAGUUGUUUCGGUGUUUUAUACGUAGUACUUAUUAAGUAGCUGUGAUAACGUGCUCUCGUAAGUAACACGUACCAUCGACUACGUUCCCCGAUUAUCCAAGACGAAUUCGUCCAAGACCUCUCGAAGGUGAAAUUAUGGCCGCGUCAUUGAAAAGCUCGCAGUAAUUCGCAUUAAUGAUGGUAGCUGCCGGAGCCACAAUUUUGAUGGCAGCUAGUGAGGAGAAUUCGUCCAAUGAGACAGAAAGUGGUACAACACAUCCAGUAAACCGGGGCUCUUGUUCGCAAUAUGGUAUACAGCGUUGUGGUCAAAGAAAUAUCGAAACGUCAGCUAAAGCAGAUGUAGCAACUUGUUCCUCGAAUAUUACAGAAAAGAAACAUUGUAGCCUUACGACUGAAAAGAAUGGUAAAAUAAUAUCCAAAGUAGAGCCGAAAGAGAGCUCUAAACUUUUGGCAGUUCAUAAGACUGCUCAGAUUCGUGAGACCAGAACUUCUAGAUUACGGGCUGCUUCCAUAGUAUUACCCAGUGGUGCAACAUUAGCGUCGAAAAGAAUACUUGGUUCAGAAAUUACCGGCUCUCAGAAGUUCAAUUCAUCAGUUAAGGAAGAAACUUCCACAUCCUUAAACGGUGGCGUCACCAUGAAUCCUGUCAAGGAGAGAGAUAAGAGCUACAAACGCAAAUCUUAUUUAAACAGGUCACGUCACACGGAGGCAGCGCCUGUCGAUCGUUUAAGUGAAACCGAGUCUAGCGAGAGACGCUCCAGAAGGCAAUCCGUCAGACGAGGUCAGGUGACCGAAACUGCCUCGGGUCCCGCCGACUCCUGCGGUAAUCGCCAAGUCGCGAGCCCGCGUAAAAAACACAACGACUCGAAAGUAGCUCAGUGCGGCACCGCGAAGAAUCUCUCGAAAACUUGUUCAUCAUCCUCCGUAGUGGCUGCCGCGAGUAGUGGCAAACGCUCGAUUUCACAUCAACCCAGUAUAAGCGACUCGGAGGUGUCGCGUCGAGUGGACGCAUUGACGGCGCUGACGCGAAUCACGAUGGAACGCGUGGAGAGACUCGCGUCCGCGACAGCGGCGGCGGCGAGCAAUUCAAGCGAGAAGACGUCACCGAGAAAGUGCGCCGCCUCGAGGCACACGCCGGUCUCGAUUCUCAAGCACAAGACGGCCGACGGCGAAGGGUGCGAGCGUCAAGCGUCGAGCGGCGCUUCUCCCCACGCGCCGUCGCCGGUUACGUUCUCGCCGUCUGUGACAGAGUCCGUCUCGCGCAAGAGACACGGCAUCCUGAAGAAACGUAGCAGCCUGGACGAGAGCGAGAUACUGCGUCGCCGUAGCUGUUCCCCGGACGUCUCCUUCGUCGACAGCACCUACUCGGAGUUCCGGCCGAUUCUGAAGAACCAAAGGCGAUCGUCCCUGGACGAGAUCGUGAAGAGAGAUCAGAGCCCGGAUCAGCAGCCGACGUCGAUACUGAAGCGCAAGUCGUCCAGGGAGGACGAUCGGGAGGUGCAUCGGUCGCUGUUAGCCUCCCCGGAGCCGCAGAGCAUCCUGAAGCGCAAGCUCGCCAACAGCGUGCGCGCCAACAGCGUGAAUCAUCACGUGACCAUCGCGCCGGAUGUUGGCAGCGCGAGCGCGUGUCUGCUUCCCGACGGCGCCGAGGGGUCGGAAGUGCGGCCGAUACUGAAGAAGAAGCACGGCAGGGAGGAGCUCGCCGGCAACGACGUCCCGUCCCUCGAGCCGCGGCCGAUACUGAAGAAGAAAUCCAGCACCGAGUCGGACGAGCACGAGCACGACAGGCCGAAGAAGACGAUCCUCAAGUCCUCGCGGAAGAACUCGUACGAGGAGGCCGGCGAGGCGGAGUCGACCUCGCCGAGGAAGCUGUCCGCGCUGAAGAACCGGCCGAUCGAGAACGUGCGGCCUAUACUGAAGCAGUCAGCCGGCAGCCGGCAUCACGACGACGCGGCGGACCUGUUCCUGCGCAAGCGAGCGCAGUCGGUGGGACACGCGCGUACCGGCGACUACGUCGAGUCGUUUCGCGCGCUGGCCAAGCGAAGGUCCCUCGAGUCCAGUUCGCCGAGCGACGUUUUGCGCGCGCCCCACCGAUCCGUCAUCUCGAAUAGUUCCGUUGUGAUCAAAGAGCCCGGUAAAGCGAAGCAGACGACGGACGACAUGGAGGAGAAGAGCAAGGCGGACUCGCGUAUACAUUUCGACGCGGCGCUUCUCACCGACGAGGCCGUCGCGAGGAGGGACGAGCAGCAGGAGGAGGCGCCGCGAGAGGAUCGUCACGUUCGUCGUAGCAACAGCGUGUCGAGAAUGACGCAACACUUCAAGGCCCUGCAGGAGAAGAUCGUCGCGGCGGAGAGCAGUCCGCAGCGCGUAACCUUGCAGCGACCGUCACACGGUGUGCAACGCUACCGCGAGCGCAAGGUGCUGAGUGGUGAGCGUUUUAACACGCAGCCGGUGACUUUCGAGGAGGUGCGCGAGGCGGUCCUGCAGAAUCAGCGCAACGCCGCGGCGUUGAGCGCCACGGACGCGUCGCCCUGCGACGAGCCGUCCAAGCUGAGCUUGGCCGAGCGCGUGCGGCUCUUCGACCGGAAGAUCUCGACCGCCGACGCGGAAAGGCUGCCGCAGAGGAGACGGCCGGCUACUCGCUACAAAACACAGCCGAUCACGUCGGAGGAAGUGGAAGUGGCGUCUCGCGUGUCACCCCUGAAUGCGAAUUACCAAUCGCAAACCUCGGUCGAUGAAUAUUCGCAAGAGUGUCAGAGGCCGCUUUACGCGCCGUUGCUCGCCGCUGCGUCUCAUCCCGAUGUGCCGAAAGGUAUUCUCAAGAGCUCCGCCGGUCAAACGCAUAAUCUAUCGCGUGCCAAGAGCCCGGAAUUACGAGGUAUGAAAUUGAUCAAGUCGGUGCUCAAGAGAGAAUGCGAGGAGUCGAUGGAGCAACAGACGACAACGACGACACUGCCGAGUUCCGCCGAGGCGUAUCCGCGUUCUAUUCUAAAGAGCAAUCUCCACUCGAGACUUCAGAGCGCCGACUCGGUGGCAUCGAGAAGCGAGGGAGACGUGCGUCUCGUCGAGAGCCAAAAUCCCGACGCUGCUGCGAAAUCAGAGAGCUCCGCCAGUAUCGUGCGGUGCGCUUUACACCGGUCCUGCGACGACGCGUCGCCGGACGACGUUGUCGACGACUGCAAGUGGCGCGACGACUCGUCCGUGGAUAAGAUCGGCCGAGCGUCGUACUACGACGACGAGGAGGAGGACGACCGCGCGUCAUCCUCCUCCGGCGGCCACGAGAUACACAACAUCAUCAUCAGCGAGGAGAAACCGCGGUAUACCGGCAACUCGUUGGCCAAGAGCGUCAGUCAACACGCCUUCGAGGAGGAGAAGCGAAAGCAACGGGUGCGCGGCUUCCCCCUGCCAGGGCUGUGCCGCAGCGCCACGCAGGUGAUCGCGUCGAUCGAGACGAGCGAGACGCCGAGCGUCAGCAUCGCCGACCGGCUGGCCGCGCUCCAUCACAGCGGCAGCACGAAUUGGCGGCGACGCGUGGCCAACGUCGACGAAAGUGCGCGCGACCUCCUCGGCUCGGAGGAGAGCACUGCGAUCAAGUCGGGCGUGCUGGCGGACUGCAUCGGCAAACUCGAGUCCGCCGCGGAGGGCUGGAGGAGGAGGAUAGUCGCGGCCGACGCGGUUAACUUCACCGUCGCCGGCAAAAUGGGCGCGCGACCGAACGACGCCGGUGGCUCGCCGCUCUUCACCGAACUCGCGACGAACGUUCUUAACCAGAAGAAGAGAGUGCCGCAGCGGUUCAAAGCGAGAAAGGAUAAAGGAUGUGUAAAUGGCGCGGUAUCGACACCUACCAGUCCGUGCAAAGAUUUGCCCUCCGCCAUGCGCAUGAGCUACUCUGAGCCCGUUAGCGACGACAGCGGUGAAGAAUGUAAAACGGAGCAUGUCAUGUCGCCGACUGUUUCAGUACCUAAAACUGACGACGAAACCUUCACCUCUUUCUUUAGCGGUGUGUCGCUGGAAAAGUGCGAAACCGAGUGUCUUGAUUUACACGAAACCGACUUCGAUAUAAUUGCACCGCAGUCCGAAUUAUUAGCGCAAAAGCGGAACAUACGAAUACAACGCAGACGGGUCACCUCGAGAAACCCUCUCAGAGCUCUCGCGGCGCGUACCGACUUAAGAUCGGAAUACACCGAAUUUCGCACGAAUAUAGCCGCGAGAACGAUCAAGAGCGUAAACGUAGAGAAACUCGCUAAGAGCUCGUCUUUUGCUGUCGAAGCUCUCGCCGGCUUGGCGUCCACCGAAGAUUUUAGCGCAGUGACUUUGAGAAAUGUGACAGAGACGAGUGUGUCCACGAAUAAGCUGCAACCAUUCAAAGAUUUAAUGCUGAUAUUGGUUAAAGGGAGACGGCAUGUUCAAGCCAGACUAGUCGAGCCUGUCGCCGAGUGCAUCAAUAGCGGUGAUAAUUAUAUACUGGUGACGAGAUCAGAGGUUUUCAACUAUAUAGGGAAAUAUAGCAAUAUCAUUGAAAGAACUCAUGCCGCCGAGAUCGCAUCGUGUAUCCUACAGAAGAAGGAUUUAGGCUGUCAGGCGGACCAAGUUAUCACCAUACACGAGGAUAAACCAACGUGCACGAGGAAUCAGGUGCAAAAGUUUUGGAGCUAUCUCGGUGUGCUCGACAGUGAGGAGCUAAAUGUUGUCGAGGCUGGUCAUCCUGACGAAGAUGAAUUGUACGAGUCCGCUAUUAUCGACACGAAUAUGGUGUACGAAUUGAAGGAUAAACAGCUGAUACCUCACGAGAAGUUUUGGGGUACACUGCCGAAAAUAGAAAUGCUCGACCAAAACAAGAUCCUGGUAUUUGACUUCGGCACGGAGAUGUACAUCUGGAGCGGCAAGGGAGUCUCGACAGACAAGAAGAAGCUGGCCACUCAGCUCGUUACGGAGAUUUGGAAGGACGGAUACGAUUACGCUGAAUGUACGAUUUGCCCCAUUAAUGCGGCCCGCAUGCUCGGUGGCCGGCGCGGUGAUUCGCCCACGGCCGUCAAAUCUGCCAAGAGCAGGCCCGAGUGGUGUCUGCUCGCCAAGUUGACGCAACAUGUCGAGACAAUACUCUUCCGGGAGAAGUUCCUCGACUGGCCUAAUAGCACCAAUGUGAUCAAGGCGCGCGGCAGGAAGGACGACGUGCGACAGAUCGACGGCGCUGCGAUCGUGCAGCUGGACGAUAACGACGAGAUGUGGCUGCCGAAUGACACCCCGGUCGAUUUUGUACUGGAGGGCUGUCACCUGGGCAGAGGUAUUGGUUGUUACGAUAGCGAGUUGAAAAAGGAAUAUGUCGUCACUACGACCAGCGUAAUGGUAUGGCAUAUCGACGAAUUUUCGCACACGCUUUUAGACGGAUCGUCCAUCGGCCAGUUCCAUUCUGGUGACAGUUAUAUCGUUCAAUGGACGUAUUCCGUCACGAUCACCGGCAGAGAACUCAGUGGCCUGCCGUCCAAACAUUCGGCGAAAGGUCGCGACAGGUCGGUGUAUUUCAUUUGGCAGGGCCGAAACGCGUCUUUGAACGAACGAGGUGCCGCGGCACUUUUAACGGUCGAAUUGGACAACGAUCGAGGCCCUCAGAUUCGCGUUGUUGAAGGACAUGAGCCGGCUGCGUUCUUAAAUUUAUUCUCAGGAAGGAUGAUAGUACACAGCGGUAAAAAAUCCGAGAAUAGGAGCGAGAAACGAUGGAGAUUGUACAUUUGUCGAGGUACUUUGAAAUCCGAGACAUACCUGAACGAAAUCCCCUGCAGCACUCGGCAAUUAAGAAGCAGAGGUUCCUUCGUGUUGCUGGACACUAAGAAUGCGAAAGCAUACAUCUGGCAUGGGAAUAAUACGUUGCGUCACAUUAGAGAGAACGCUUUAAGUGCUGCGAACAAAUUGAGAGAGAACCGACCCGACGAAACCGGAUUAUCAAGCGAAGUUAACGUACAGAUAUGCGAAGUUCAAGAAAGUUCGGAACCGGAGGAAUUUAAAAACGCAUUAGGUGGCAUAAAUAAAAAACUAUAUUGGUCACUGGAGACGGCUGAGAUGCAGGAUCAUACACCGAGGCUUUACCACUUAUCAAGCAUAUUGAAAACACUUCGCGCAGUGGAGAUACUCUGUCCGCAUCGCGCGGACCUCGCGACACCGUUUCCUUUCUCGCAGGACGACCUGUAUCAAGCGAGCCAACCAGCCUUAUUUUUAUUGGAUGACAAGGAUGUAAUUUGGAUCUGGCAAGGAUGGUGGCCUGACAGCGGUACGGAAGAUCAAUCCGGCAGCAAGACUGUCCGAUGGCAGGCCGAACGAAGGGCGGUAAUGACGACAGCGAUACGAUACUGGCGAAACACCCGAAGCGCCCGAACGACGAAUCUUCCUAUAUACUUAAUUUGGGCUGGUUUAGAGCCGUUGCAAUUUAUCAGUCUUUUCCCCGAAUGGACAUAUCGGGACGACGUUGCUGAAUUGAACAUAGAGGAUGGCCGAAAUCCAGGAGAAGUAUUGACCGUGGAGAAUGAACUGGCCCGUCUGACACAAAGCACAUAUCCUCCUGCUCAGUUGUUGCAGAGACCUUUACCCGACGGAGUUGAUCCAACGCGCUUGGAGCUGUACUUAUCUCAGCAACACUUUCAAGAGCUACUGGGAAUGAGCAAAGAGGAAUUUCAACAGCUUCCAGUCUGGAAACAGGUGAAUCUUAAAAAAGAAAUCGGAUUGUUCUGAUGGAUCGUUUUGGCUGCCAACACUGCGAUUAAUAGCUGCCCUUGUAAAUUCGAGUUUACGUGUUAAUUGUUUCACGAUGUUUUUGCGAGUUGAAAGAGUCUCGACUUCUAAACGCAUUUUUGUCGAAACUUGUAAUCUCGUAUAAUUAAGAACGAAACGUUUCAAAAACCAGCGAAUAAUCAUCACCGACGAUAUAGCGUAAUAAACUGAUUAAUUAAGAAGAAACAACUCGCUCGGUAAUACAUUGUGUCAGUACUGUCUGAAUUAUAUAUGUAUAAUUAUAUAUAUAUAUAUAUAAACACAUGAAAACGUAUAUAUAUAAUAUAUAUAAUAGGCCGCGCGUACGAACAGAUAAUUAUAUAUUUUUAAUACCUGCUAAUUGUGUGCGAAUCAGCUUGCGAACAUUUUCUUUAUAUUUGUAUGGUCUUUAUAUUUGCGAGUGAGUGAUAUAUGCUGUUACGGCUUAUUCUUUCGCGCGUGAUAUCUGUAUGAGACCGUUUCUAUAAUUUACAACAUAUUCUGCGUUUCUAAAUAGUAUUUCACAAGAAAACACUA